AUGUCUUCGACAACGCCGCUGAGCUCGCAGGGGCGUUCGGACUCGUCGUCGGUCACGGUUUUAUCUGCUAGUCCCAUUGAAGAGCAUAUUUUUCCGCGUAUGUCAUUCUUGCGGCGCUUGACAUCAGCACCGAUGGCUAGUUGCGAUGAUCGAGCUAAGCGCAAAGAGCAAGAACGUAAAGAGCUACUGGAAAUGAUUCUUGAGUCUAUCGCUAAUGUACCUAAGGCUGUCGAGCGGAUUUAUACCAAUGAAAAACUAUGUCAGGCAUUGCAUGAAGAGAUGGGGGAGGAAAACCUGCUGCUGCAUCGUUUUUUUGACGUCAGACAGCAGCAGCAAGAGGUUACGCUUGGAGAUUCUAUUGUGGAGGACAAUGCGCAGGCCUGGAAGCUUAGUCGGCGAUCCUCAAGUGAGAGUAAAGAAAGUUCUAUGCUUUCACGUCCAGCGGCAAUACCUGGGCUCUAUAAUAAUUAUGAACACAGUCAAGAAGGUGAUGAAAGUGACAGUAGUAGCAGUGAUUAUGGCUCUGGGUACGAAUUGGACCUCGCCGAAGCCGUGACUCAGCUCUGUAUGACCGACGAGACUUUCACCGCAAUGGAUAAAUUGGUCUCAGACCCAAUUAGGAUCGCACAGGCGAGCUUGAAGGGUGGGAGUUCUGCUCGGGUCACAAACUCGCCUCAGUCGUCAUUUGGAAUGGGAGCUUCACCAGGAAAUACGUCGAUAGACGACGAACCUGUGUCGGCUCUUUGGCCACGACGACCUAGUCAAUUUGCUUUUACUCAAGAGGAAGAUAAUACCUUGCGAGCAGAUGACGAAGUUUACAGUGAAAUGGUGAGUUCAGUCUGUGAGGAUGAACCAUUUCAAGAUGAAGUAGAAAGAGACGGUGAAGAAGAUGAUGAAGAAGAUGAUGAAGAAGAUGUUGAAGAAAUUCUGAAAGACGAAACUGAGACAAAACUUUUCAGUAUGGAUGACGAUGAUGCCGACGAUGAUGCCGAAGAUGAUGACGAUGAUUUUGACAAAGCACAAGGUUCAGAAAACGAGAAAGAAGUAACAAACGAUGGUGAUACGCUUAAUCCAUUUAAAAUUAGCUCUUCAGUGCGGGGCCGUAGAACUACGUUCCAACAUGAUCUCGAUGGCCAGACCAAGCAAAAAGAAGAUUCUGUUCACACAGUUGACAUAAAAGACGGUGAACAUGAUUGCAAAAAUGCAGAUAUGGAGGUAUUUGAUGGAAGCAAUGAAGAUGAUGAACUUAAAGAGUACGAAGUGAUGCAGCUUCGAGUCAUUUGUGAAAAGAAUCGCACAGGAUUUGAGCCGAACCAGGAUUGGCGACCACGUCCCGGAGCUUUAAUUGGUGGUCGAUAUAGGGUCGAAUUGGCUAUUGGUGAAGCAGUAUUUAGUCGGACCUACAAAUGCAUUGAUACAACGACUGAUCAAUCAGUAUGUCUCAAAAUCAUCAAGAACAACAAAGAGUUUUUUGAUCAGGGUCUUGACGAGAUACGCGUACUGGAGUAUAUUGAUCGCAAUUGCAAGGUGGAUGAGAGGCAUCUUGUACGUCUCUUGGAUGCACUAUAUUUUCGUGAGCAUUUAAUAAUUGUGACAGAGCUUCUUCGUGACAAUUUGUACGAGUUCUCGCGCUUGCUGUUGCAACGCGGUGUCGUCAACUUUUUUAGCAUUCCUCGCCUCAAAAAGAUCACCAUCGAAGUGCUUGAGGCACUCGAUACACUGCACUCACUGGGACUUGUACAUUGCGAUCUCAAGCCCGAAAACAUCCUUAUACAAAACUUUAGCGCAUGUACUGUCAAGGUGAUCGAUUUUGGGUCGGCUUGCUUCACUACUGAUGAGCUCACGUCCUAUGUGCAGUCCCGUUCGUAUCGAGCCCCUGAGGUAGUUUUGGGUCUUAUGUAUGGCACAAAGAUCGAUCUAUGGUCGCUUGGGUGCGUCAUUGCCGAAUUAUUUACUGGCGAGGUUCUGUUUCGUAAUGACUCAGAACAGACUUUGCUAGCUCGUAUCUUAGCAACAAUAGGUCCUAUUCCUGCUUCUCUUCUAGCAGGUCGCAACAAUCUGCAGCGUCAAUUGAUAGACACUGGACUAUUUACCUUGGACCACUUAGGCAACGGCGUGUUAGCUGCUAAUUUGCUUCUUCCAUCUAUCGAUCAAGUCUUACACACAAAAGAUACUGAAUUUGUAGAAUUUCUACGCGGAUUACUGCAGAUUGAUCCAGCACAUCGUCCAUCGGCAAGCGAGGCGCUGACACAUCCAUGGCUUCAAUACAACAAAGAAGAGCGGGACGAAUGGCACGAUCGAACGACGGCGUAUCGAUGGUGCGUAGCGUGUUGUAUGCUGCAAUAUGUGCCAAGCAAUGGGAGCCAGGAAAUGCAGAGCCAAGUGGAGACUUUGAGUUUGACGCAAUCACCGUUGAGGACGGAAACUCAGAUUGAACGACAAGAAAGCAUGGGGAAAUCGCUUGCACUCAGCAGUGAGCAGAUAAGUUCAGGAAUACACCGCCCACAGCUAAGUCGGGACAUUACGAGUGCUGGAGUGAGAUUCUGCACCAGUAAUAAAUGGAGCGAGUUCUAUCCCGACCGGGAAAUUGUUGUGGUUUCAAACAUCGGAGAUCCACCACUUCCUCCGGAAGGUUAUGUGCCACUGCGUCGUGGGCACUGCCGUGCUUAUAAUACUCCAGAGACCGCUCUGACUUUUAAAGAAAACGGGCCAAACGGCUUCUCGCUUGACACAUUGUUAUGGGACGACUCAUUGCUAGAGCAGCGUAUAAUGCAGCUGACUGCUUGGACUCGGCGUCCUCCCAUGCCGCGUCGCCAGAAGCUCGAUUGUAUUAACCGCAUGAAUUCAGCUAAUAGCUCAUUUAUUCCGGUGGUCAUGACUGCCUUGCUACUGCAAUGGCUGAAUGAUGAGCUUAAACUGCACAAAAGGGUAGAUGUGAUCGAAAAAGAUGCUAGCAAUGGAUAUCUCAUUGCAGAAGUGCUACAUCUCCACGGCUUGGAGCCCCAGCUUAAAAAAUAUAGGAAUUUUUCAACUACGGCAGCCAAAAAUCACAACAUGGAACUUCUGGGUGAGAAUCUUGACGCCCACGAUUUUCCGUUUCCCAUAGACACUCAACGCGCCAUCAUGAUGGAAGAUCGAUCUGCUGUGCUGCAAUUUUUUUUGCGUUUGAAGAAGUUUAUUAAUCAAAGAUCAGCAUGCAGUCCAAUCAAUCAAAAAGUCAAAGUGAAGGCAUUAAGGCCGUCGACUGGAGAUACACAGAAAGCAACAAACGAAGAUUUUUCACUGCGUGAUUUGGAUGAGCGUUUCUUAAAGGAGACGGCUAACAAAUAUCACCCAACAAAGAUUUGCUUUUACAAAGGCGUUGACAUGGCUAUUCAUCUGCGCAAAUUUCAAAAAACUCAAUGGCGAGCCGAAAAUGAAUGGCAUAAUUUGCAAGAAAAGACCAGAGUUGACAAGAGUGCGGCUCUUGCGGCAGAAUAUGCUGCAGCCCGUGUUCACAUGCGAGAAGUAGCUGACUAUAGGCGCGAUUUGGAUCGAGAGCAUCAAGCAAAGUGGAAAGAAUCACGGCAUCAUUUUCUAGCUGUAGAACGGGACAAUUUGCGGCUUGAAAUGACAUUAGAAGCUCGAAGUCAGCUGUUGGAGAAAAAGAAGCUGAUUGAGAGCGAGCAAGAUUCAAUUCAAGGGAUUCUGGACUUUGAAAGGAACAUGGAUAGGCUUGGCAUUUCUUUUGGCGGUACUGACGAAAGUCUUCGAGCGAUCACCGUCAGUGAUGCCGGGGCGGUUGCACACUUUCGAGGUCUUGAAAAAAGAGUUGAAAAUCUUGAUUUUCGUCCAUCAAAUAACUUGGAAAUGAUGAAAGAGCUACGUAAACGACGCAGAGAACAACUGGUAGCAGAAAAAGAUCAGCGCAUGCGGCAAUCUAAAGCGUUGUUAGAUAAGAAAAAGUUGACUGGGAUCGAUUAUUUCGAACAGCUGCUCUGUGAGACAAAUUCGGAUCAGGAUAAUGCAGACAUACGAUUCAAGUCUAAAAUUGAGAUUCCAGGUGCAGAUAAUCACAUGAUGAAUCCACGGGAAAGAUAUCUUGAAGUGAAACGGGCAGAGCUAGAGGUUAACUAUGUUCGGUUGCGAGAGUCUGGAAGUACAAAGCGAGAAGAUGACAUGAAGGUAUUACUCGAGCUUCGUGAUACGAAACGAAAGAAGGAGAGGCUUCGCGCCUGGAAUGUAUGCGCUGAUGUAGUAGAUGAUUUAGUUUUACUGGCGAUCGAUAUUGUAUUACCCGGUGAAACAUUUGCGAUUGACAACUUGAAAAAAGAGCAGAAAUAUUUGAGAACCUCUUCAACACCUUUUGAUCAGGGUGGAGUAGAAAUGCUUUACGAUCUAGAAGAGGCGAUACGAAGCUUUUUGUCAUGUUCAGGAGUAUGGACUCCGCUUCUGCUCGAGUCCAAACUUAGCACAUACGACAUAGACUCUGACGUUCAAUCGGUUAUUGAGAUCUGGCCUAGCCCGAUGACAGAUUUGAACACAUCGUGGCAUUGUCCUCUGUCCUUCAUUUUGCUAAGCAUUUUUACUGAGGAUGAUAGUGGUUUUGAACUAGCAAAACGUAUUUCGAUGGAACACCACGUGUUUUUUUUGCAAUUUGAAUCUCUUGUUGACGAAUGCGUGAAGUCAAGUUAUGACCCUCAGAAGUUUGGAGAUCAAAUUUCAUCUUUGGGUGAACGCGAGCGGGAGCUUGGCGCAUUUGGUCCGAAAAUUUUAGCUUUUCAACAAAAGAACACACCCCUUCCCGACACUUUGGCUGUAGAAAUUAUGGCUAAAGCUGUGUCGUUGUGUCGCCAACAAGCUUCAUUACAAGAUACAUCAAAGUUACAACAGAAUGGAUGCAUGCUUCACAAUUUUCCGAGAACUCUGGUCGAAGCUAAGCUUCUGGAAAAAGCGCUGCUAGCAAUUUUGCUCACAAAUGAGGGUGAUCUUACAAACGCUGCAGUUCUUAAAACACUGACUCCAGGCUCAAACCUUUCAGAUGACACCACCAUUCCUGCCAGUGUUUCUCCGUGGAACUGCGUAAUCUCAAUAUCUCCUGAUCCCGUCCCAGUAGUUGAGCCUGCUGAUGAUGAUAUCACGGUGGAGGGUUCAGCUUCUUUAUCAGGCUUAGUAGAUAAAUCAACAUCAUCGUCUAUCACUUCUAUUGAAACUCAGCGGAAACUCGCUCUUGAUGAGGAGAAUCGGAUUCGCUUUCAAGAGCAACAAGCAAAACUUGAAUUAUUUUGGAGUGAAACAACUCGGCACAUCCAGAUUCGGCGAGUUGAGCUGCAUCGCGACGUCGUCGCCGAGCUGAUUCAUUUGUGUAUCGACAUAUACGCGCAAGCAUCACAUUUACCGACUUCAGAAAGAAUCGUGUGUGCGGUUGAUUUCUUACCCCAGCUAGUGAAGGAGGCACGUCUAAAGAGACGCGAGUCAAUGGAUCUGAUAGACCGACUCGUGUGGUCAAAAGCCUCGAAAGAGAUUGAAAUUGAUAGUGAUGCCUUCUUGUAUCUUUCUGAGGGGCUACAGAAGUUAAAAGAGAGUCUAUAUAAAAAACUUCGUGAGCCGAUGGCAACGAUACAAUCAGCUAUCGAAAAUAUUUCGAGACAGGUUGUCAGUACAACCCAAACACUAGAAAAAAAAAUAUCUAAUGAAACUAGAUCCUAUCAAAAUCUAGUAGACAAAGCCUCGAAAGACUUAAAGGCUUGCACCGGUUUGUCCAAGCAAAAGAUUCGAGAGCAAAUUUUGACAAAGCUCGAAGUUGCUCUGGGGGACAUUGCAGACGUCAGCCGUGUGAUUGGCAACGAGUUCGUCCAUACUUUUGCUCAAGAUCCGUCUCCGGAUAUCUUUCGAGCUGUAGAUAUCGUGUAUCACAGCUUGCCAUUAAUCUGCCAUUUGUUAAAAGACUUCUUCCAGCAAAUAAUGCAGAUACUUCGCACGCAGCUGUACGACCGUAUACCGUUUCUCGGUGCUAGUCCGGAUAAGUCUGGCCAUUUUGUAGUGUUAGCAGAAAAGGUUAUGCAAGACGCGAUGGCUGCUGCCAUCAAUUUAGGUGGAAAGAACGCCGAUUGCGAUGAGGUCGGAAAGAAAGUAAUGACGUUCCUUACUGAAGUGGCGUCAGAGGUCCAUUUGGUUAAUGAAACUACUGCUUCGCAAUACACAUUGAGCGAAGCUAAUGUGGCAACGCAGGAGAUAACGAAAAUGCUUCAACAUGUAACGCUGCUAUUUCGAUUCGCUGAAUAUUUAAAUCAAAGAGUUCAGCAGCUAUAUGCGGUUCAUGUCCAAUGUUUACAGCAAGUUGUUGAAUUGGAUAUUCACACGAAGGACGAGGCAAUCGCCGAGGCAAUGGCAAGCAUGAGAAUGCAUGGACAUGCCGUCUGGAACAUCCAAAGCUCUAACUUUUUGUCAUCACCUGGCAUCGCGAGUUGCUUGCCACACGCUCAAGUGAGAAAUUUUAUCACAUUGGCUCAGCUUCAUGCUUUAGCGAGCGCUUGUAUUGAAUGGGAGCAUUCAAAUGCAAUUGUAUCGCAAUUUUUUAUUGGAUCAAACAUCGCAAAUGACGAAUUCAUUAAAUUAGUUCUUGAAGUUGCGAAAAAGGAAGCUUUUCCGAUGCGUUGGAGAGACGUGGAUAUUAUUGCAGCAACAGCAGUCACAGUUCAGCAGUCUACCACUCACAAAGCUGUACCAUGGAGAAAAUUUGUGUGGUCAUUAUUGUGCAUCCAAUUCACAAAUUUGCCUUCAACAGAAGACAUUUUGACAUAUCUCAAGCGAGCACUGGAUCUUCCAGCAGUAAUACACCAACAUCGAGUCGACGCUGAUUCGAUAAAACCUUGCAGCAUCCUUAUCUCCCGUGCCGACUUUGGGCAGAUUCCAUUAUGGUUCGAAGACUCUGUCAAUUCAGAUGACGUAGCAAGGCUGAAAGAGCUAGUGUUUCACAUGUUUUCGUCUGUCUCCUGUAAGGAUGACACAGACACCGCAGACAACGUCGCUUUAUUACCCAUGCUCCUUUUUUGGUGCAAUUAUCCAUCUUGCUCCUUCAGCGUCUCUUACGAACUCGAAGUGUUUGUUCCACAUUACCCUCGAGGUUUAUUUCGUGUUUUUCACGUGCUCCAGCAAUUCUCUUCCACGUCGCAAAGCACUUCGUUACUGUCUGACGUCUUUGGAGCGCUCAAGUCACCACCAUCACUCGAAUCCUUCACCACAUUUCUUCACGACUGCCCUACCGACUGGCAUAGUCUCUACCUGCUUCAAAACCCUUUUACAGCUCUUUUACAGCUCUAG